AUGGCUAGGAUCCAAAGAAAGCUCUUCCCAACAGAAACUACCUCAAACCAAACCUUAGAUUGUUAUGGCUUUUGUGAUCCUUUAUGUCCUUCAAAUUGUUACACUAACACAAAUUACUAUUUCACACCCCCACCUUUAGAACAUACUACACAAGUUAACCAUAUUGGCUCCUACUUUAUCAUCCUCAUUUCAUUAUUCUCAUUGAUUUUCAUCAUCAUUGUUUUCUAUUUAAUUAAAGUUAAAUGCUAUAAUGAAAUGUGUAGUUGGAGAAUCAAUAACUCGGUUCGCGGUAACUCCGAAGAGCUUCUCAAUGAAAACCAAGUCAAUCGCGAUCAAAAUCACGAUCACCCUGUGUGGCUCAUCGCUACGGUUGGUUUGCAACAAUCAAUUAUAAACUCGAUUACCGUGUGCAAGUAUAGAAAAAACGAAGGGUUAAUCGAAGGAACGGAUUGUUCGGUUUGUUUGAAUGAGUUUCAUGAAGAUGAAACUUUAAGACUAUUGCCAAAGUGUAGUCAUGCUUUUCAUAUUCCUUGUAUUGAUACUUGGUUGAGAUCUCAUACUAAUUGUCCUCUUUGUCGAGCCGGUAUUGUUUCCAACAACGUUACUUCUGAAGUAACUUUGAGUUCGGAGCAUGAAAAUAACAACUUGGGAAGAAAUCAAGAGACUCAAAUGGAGAAUCUAAGGAGUGAUCAAGAGAAUGUGUUGAACAACAAUAUUGUUAUCAAUGUUCCAUUUGAAAACAUGAUUGGAGAAUCAAGUGAUGAAUCAUCUGAUCCUAGAAGAUAUCAUCAAGUUGUUGAGAAAGAGAUGCAUAAGAUUAGUGUUUGGAAGGUUAUUACUCAAAAAAGUAGCAAAACAAUGCGUCGAUGUUCGAUUGAAGAGCGUUUGCAUGUAAGGCCCGUGGCUAUGAAAAAGUCUUUAAAUCUACAUGGAAGGAAGAGUUUCAAAAAGAGAUAUGCGACUAUAAUUUGA